GUCUGGAUUGGGAUGAACGAUGUCAAUUCAGAGCACAGAUUUCUAUGGACAGACCAGAGCGGCGUGCUAUAUACCAACUGGGCCAAAGGUCAUCCAUCUGGCAGCAAUGUUUAUGCCCACGAUGAUGAUACUGACUGUGUGGCUUUGAAAGCGGGUACAGUGAUGGAUGCUGGAACCUGGAUAGAAGAGGACUGUGACCAGGAUAAAGGAUACAUAUGCCAAAAACCUAAAGACCCCACACUGCAUUUUGUGCCAACUGUGGCUGCAGCCCCUAGACAGCUUGAGUUUGGUGAUGCCACCUACACGUUUCAGAAAACGAAGAUGAAAUGGGAUGAGGCGCGGCGAAUGUGUAAAAACUCUGACUCCGAACUUGUCAGCAUUUUAGAAGAAUACACAGCCUCCUUUCUAAGAGUGCAGCUAAAUAAAUUUAAGGAACCUUUUUGGAUUGGACUUAACAGUAAUAAG